AUGCCGCCGCAACAUGUAGAAAUCGCGGAGACGAUUGCGGCCCUGAAGCGCACCCUUCGCCGAGAGAAAGAAGCUCCUUCGGACCAGCCCAUUUCCUCCGCGACCAAUAGAGGCAAUAAAUUGAAACGCGGCGCAAGCUACGUUCACGCAGGUGCUCUACCAUACCCACAUGGCCCCGACGGGUAUAAGCAGAAGAUUGAACAUGCGGGCUAUACCCGCUAUAUCCUCGAGCGGAAUCCACGGCGGUACAACGAGUACGGGGACGAAUUGGAUGACAGCGAAAGCGAUACAGAGGCAGACGCAGAUGCCGAGGACGAGAACCCUUACAGCGGCGUUCGAAUCGAAGAGUUGUUAUGUCCUCUGAAACACCCUGCCGAACUCGCGACACACCCUACCUUGUCUCUCCCAUUUCUUGACAGCGCCCUCCCCAAUCUGGUGAAAUCGACUGAAGAAACACUCCGAGAGGAGAGAGCCAAUCUUUGGCGAGCCAAAAAUCUGAACAGACGUUUCAUGGGCGAUGAGUCCUGGAUGCCUCUUGAGAGUGUAGAGGGACCCGAAGAUUGGGACAUGUUUGAACCCAAACCGAAGUUGCCCCUGGAGCAGCAUGCAAACAAGAAGCGAAAACGAGGAGUCCAACACGAAACCUCCCAAAAUGGCAUAAACGGGCACGGCCAUGCUGUUGAAGAUGAGCCCAGUGGUACCAAAACUCUGGACGCGCACAUUUCAAAUCAGCCAGGGCUGGAAGGAAUUCAAUCCCAGGAGGCAAGUGGAAACAACAGAGAGCUGGGAAUAUCUGCUCAGGAGCAGGCGGACGCGACAACAGAGACUCCACCGUCCACAAAUGGAGCUCAUGUCACUGGAAAUCAUACCUCUUCGCAAAGCGACAUUGUGGAAGAGCCACGACUUGAGCAUGCCAAGGGAUCCAAAGAUGAAACGUCUGAGACGAUGGACCUCCACGCAGACGAACAAGGCGAUGCUGACGAUGAAGGAUAUACACAACCAACCCGGAGAAUCACGCGAGCGCUUGCUGCUGAGCACAAUACAUCCACCGCAGCAACUCCUCCGUCGUCACCCGACUCGACUGCCUCUUCCAUUGACUCCUCCCUGCUUCGAGCCGACCCUUUAUUCUUGCUUCCUCCCACACUAGCGACCAAUCAGCGGGUUCCUCCUAUUCUAUCGCGCCUUGGACUGCCCGUGGAAGAGUUUAUGGAGACUCGCCGACUGUUGAUGUUGUUCAUUCAAAAGCAAGAAGAGAGUGUGCGCGCAUACGAAGCCGUUCUGGGCAAACUGACCAAAGCUAAGAGGAUGCGCGAGAAGCUCUGGGAAUGGUGCAGGACGGAAGGCCAUGUAGGCGAACUGUCGGAUGGGGAGGAUUGGAUCGACGCCGAAGCAUGGGGUCUGGCACCCGACGACCUUAAGAAGGGUAAAGACGAAGAAGACGUGGAGGGCCAGGAAGAUACCGGCAGGAAGGGCAAGAGGAGAAGGCGAGAUUAG